AUGCUAAUAGCUAUCAAAGGACGUAUCAUUCAUUCUCGACAGUCAAGAGUGACUUCUCCGGCGUUUUAUGUUUAUAUGUCAACAGAUGAAGCUAGCCCGGGACCGCAUCAUACACUUAUAUUCAACAGCGUGAUUACAAAUAUAGGCAACGCGUACAACCAAUACUCUGGUAUCUUCACUGCGCCGUCAAGCGGGAUGUACGUGCUUUCAUACACCAUAACGGCAGACAGUGGGGCCUCCAUUCCAGUCGAAAUCGUCAAAAACGCCGAUGUGAUUGGAUCACUUUUAACAAGGGCAUACGGCAGCUACAGACAAAGCGUUUCAUCAACCGUUGUUGUGAACAUGAAUGCUGGGGAUGUUUGUUAUGUCAGAACAAGCGGAUCAGGUGCCACUACGGCUGGCAGUAUUUAUAGUAGAACUGAAGCGAGAACUUCGUUUACAGGCUGGCGCAUUGAGUAAAUCAUUAAAUAAACGUUUUA